AUGGCUGACUCUAUCCAGCCCAGCGAUGGGAGCGAGAACGCGGCCCCUCAGCUAGCAAAUAUCAUCCAGGCUCUUGAUGUUAUACAUUCCCCCGCCUCAUCGAAUGAAGUCAGAAAGCAAGCCUCGGAGUUUCUCGAGCAGCAGAAGCAUGAAAAGGCCGCUGUGCAGAAUGGCUACUUUUUGGCAGCGGAGAAGAGCCAUUCCCCCGUAGUCCAGCACCUUGGACUUUCGCUCCUGGAGCAUGUUUUGCGGUAUAAAUUUCUGGAGUUGUCUCCAGACCAGGUGAACCAUACCAGAGGCCUUGUCAUGAGUCUGGCUGAAGGGCUACGGUGCCAGGAUCCUUCUUACAUCCGCAACAAAGUGGCUUCGUUAUGGGUUGAACUUGCAAAGCGUACCUGGGGUCUGGAGUGGCCGCGGAUGGAUGAAUCAUUGGUGCAGCUAUGGAAUGCGACCUUUACCCAUAAAGAACUUGUGCUGACUGUGCUGGAGACUCUAUCAGAGGACAUAAUCCAUCAGGAAGACACAGCGUCGUCUCUCAGAGGCACAGAUUUAAACAGAGCUCUAGUGGAAAUCUGCACACCCUACGACGUUUUCAAAGUGGCGUACCCAACAAGGGACCAUCAUACUGAAAUACGUAGUGGGAGCGAGGGCUGGAUCUUCAGGGUUUCAUAUUUCUUAAGUGACUGUGUGCGAAAUUUCCAUGCAUCGGUGGAAGCCAGAACUUGUGCAUUAAAGUCAUUGAGCUGUCUGCGUUCGUUUGUUGCCUGGGUUAUACCAAUGGCCAUCGACUCAUCUCAAUGCAUCAUGGCCAUUUGUAGUGCCCUCGAAGUUGAGGAUGAUACAAUUCUUCUGGCGGCGGUCGAGGCGUUACACUCGUUAUAUGGAAGGUCAACUUAUAAUAUCGAAGAAUUCCAAAGGCUUGUGAACAUAAUAUAUCAAAACGACCAUCUUAACCUCCUGAGGAAGUUAUAUGAAUGGUCAAUUGUUGGCGCAGACAACAUUAUUGAGUCGAAAUACUCUAUAUCUAAAAAACUAUCCGAGUUGAUCUCCUAUAUUGCUGGCUUUCUCGAAGAGAAAUCUGUCGAUUUCACGAAAUCAAUUGACCUCCCUAGCUUUUUCUCCUUUCUCAUUAGCAUACUCCAGAAUCCAAGCCUUGUUGUGUCCAUACCAGUACUUCAUUCGUGGUCCAGGCUACUUGCCUCGAGCCAUAUAGGUGGAUUGGAUAUUGUCAACAACCUAAUAGGCCAGCUACUGCAGAUCUGUUCUCAGCGGCUCGUACGAUAUGAGGCUCUUCCAGAGGAUUCAGAUGACCCAACCAUGGUAUUCCUCAGCGAAGAUAUCGAUACUAUACCCGAACGCCAUGCCUUUGUUGGAAAUUAUCGGCGGUACUGCAGUCAAGUCAUUGAGGUUAUCGUUCAAAAACACGCACUUGAGGCAAUUCCCCAUAUCCUCACUGAGGUUGAUAGCGCCCUGGAUAACGUGUAUGCAGGGAAUGCUCCAUUCAACGUGGCUACAUUUCAGAAGCAAUCAAUACCUGCCCUGCGUGCUGAUAUCCAAUUCACGGUAGUUGAGGCAAUGCUGAAGGGCUAUCUCAAAUGGAAAGGAUCGUUGGGAUCUAACCCUCAACAAGACGAACAACAGCGUCUGGAAUUAGAGAACGCACUUGAAAACUGGGCCAUGGGUCUGAUGAACCGUAAUUUCGAGGACCCGUGCAUAAAACAACGAGUGCUACGGUUAUGCGUUGACAUUUCGGCAAAGGCGCUGGUAGAUCGGCCAAGUUACGCGCUGAAAAUUCUUGAGCAUAUAUUGAUGGUCCAGAUACCCGAUCACCCAGAAUAUUCUGCGUAUUCGGAGUCAGUGAGAGAGCUCUACAAUAUGGCCACGUAUGAGAUUCGGAGGCUUGCGAUUAGAUACGCCGACUACUUUGCCAAUUACUACGAGCCGCUGGAACAAAAAGCGCAGGAAAUUGGGAAAAGGCCCAAUGAUGAGGGACGUCCUCAUAUGGAGUUAUCUGCGAUCCUCUUAAUCAUCAUGCAGCGUGCUCGGAACGUGGAUCCGUAUAUUAGACAGGCCCGAUUGAACUCAUUUGUUGACCCAAUCAAGCAGGCAUGGACUAAUCAAGAACUAAAGCUGGUACUGGGUUCAUUCAAGGGGUUUUAUGACGUUCUUGGAUUGGAUAAAGUACGCCCUUACCUUCAGAAACGUGAAGCACAGAAGAUAGAAGAUUGGACUGCCGUCCCACUCGACGCCGAAGGCAUACAUAUCCAGGAAGAUUUAAGUAAAAAAUUUCAGGAGUUACCCCUGCGCCCUACCCGCACGCUUCUUGCUGUAUCAACGGAGAAGGUGAAAAAAGAUGAACCAGCAUACCAGAUUGCCCUUGACUUAUGGAAAGAUACUAUUCCCCUAAUCUUGCCAACUAUUCUCCAGCUUAUUAGUCAUGCGCAUGCUUUUCAUAAUCCUGAUAAUUGGGAAGGUCUUCCUGAGGACAUGCGUCCCGUUGUUGGUCGAAUUUUGACUGACAGGUUCUGGCAAGCCGGUAUUUCAAGUGGGAGCAGGCAAGAAUUCUACUCGAAAAUAGCUGGGUCAAAAACUACGCUCGAAGGGCUUUCAUCAUCUGUUCGCGGAAAAGUGAGAGCCGUCAGAGAAGCAUGCUAUUCGGUUCUUUUCAGCAUGAGCCGGCUAGAAAAUUAUUUUUACGGGUUUCCUGAGCUUCCUGUCCCACUUUCGCAGGCGCUAUACAAAGAUGCUUUCUCCCUAUCCUCACACCAAUUUUCGGUCCUCUUAAAUAUUUCACGAUGUCUAAUAGAUGACUGUCCGUCGGAUGCUCGCGCUGAUUUCUUACCCCCGAUGAUGUCCGCGUUAUUUUUGCAACUUGACCAGAAAGUUACUGGCGAGUGGGACAUGAUCCAGCGCCGAAGGAUAGGUGUCGUCGAUGAUGACCUUACCGAGGAAAUGAAAGACGAAAGUAUCCUUAGACAAUUGACAUACUCUGCUGUCAUCAUGGUGGCUAGCUUCCUGGAUCCCGAGCGAGAAGAAGGGGCUCAAAACCCUUCAAAAACAGGAGAGCUCAAGGCUUCUGAUGAAGGGCAACCUGAAACAAUGCGGAGUUUCAUUAUAUCAUCGACCCAGAUCCUUGAACCAGUUCUUCUAUUCUGCACACAUGCCUUGCAAAUGCAUGACACACGGUGUUGCGCUAUUAUAACGCGCGUUAUUCGAUCCAUGCUAUCGGAAUUUGUUCCCGCGACCGACACUCCAACAGCUGCUACCAUUCGGGAAUUCAUUAGUACUGAAGUUUUGAAAGCGUGUAUAAACUCAGCUCAUGACCCAUAUUUUGUGGACAUGCAAAAGGAUCUUGCACAGCUCAUUUCUUCUAUAUGGAUUUUAUAUGGUCCAACAACAAAUACUCCUAGAUCUAUCAUUUUGAGCUUGCCAAGAAUUCUGGAACAGAAGGUGAAGGCAGCGGAGGACGCACUUCACGGUUCAGCUUCAAGCCGACAACAGAAAGCUAUCAUAUUGGAUCUGCUGGAGGGUGUGCGAGGAGUGAGGAUCAGUGAGCAAGGACGUAUUCUGGGUACGGCCGUCAAUCGUCGGAAGGAACGCAGUGCAAUGCAGGCGAGAUAUAUAUCUACAGGAAUGGAGGGAGAAGAAGUCAAGAAAAUUGACAUCAAUGACGGGGCUGACCUAACGUUCGUAGCCGAUAUUUUCAAUCAGGCUUAA